UUGCACGCAACUGCCAACAACUUAUGGCUCUGCUGCAGUCUCCAAAACUCGUAGCUAGUGACUUACUAGCAAGCUGGGAUACUACGUUCCUGGAUCACUCUCUAUAUAAACACUUCGAUUCCCAUCACUUGCCACUCACAGAUCAAAGCAACCACGGCAAUUCAGCAACAAUCUCAAAGCAAGCAAUCUCUACUACUGGUAACUUUGGUGGUGUUCUCAAAAUGAUGGGAAGGCUCCUCAUGGUGGCAGGGUGCAUGGCGGUGGUCGUGGUCGCAGUGGGUGAGGCCAUUACGUGUGGUCAGGUGCAAAGCAACCUAGCGCCGUGCCUGAAUUACCUGAAGAAUGGCGGGGGUCCUCCGCCGGCAUGCUGCAACGGAGUGAGGACCACCGUGAACUCUGCUCGAACCACCCCGGACCGCCAGGCAGUCUGUAACUGCCUCAAAGCAGCCGCCGGUAGAGUGCCGGGAGUCAAAUCCCAGUUCGCCGAGGCUCUGCCUUCUCGCUGCAGGGUUUUCAUCCCCUACAAGAUCAGCAUGUCCACCAACUGCGCCAGCAUUAGGUUCUGAAAACAGAGGACGGAGAUGCAUGGCUGCCGAAACGGCUAUAAUAUUACGAGUGAGUAUUGAAGAAUAAAUAAAUUGAGCAAUCAGGAGGAGGCUCCACCUGUGCUGUCCAUCAAUUUCAGUUUUAAUUACCAGUUUUAAUAUGUUAAGUUGCGUGUCUUUUAAUGAUAAGUUCGCCCUCUUUCGUUGCAUGUAAUAAUCACUUGUGUGAAUAAUUUCUUGCUGCUGCUUUCAUUA